AGUUUUUUAUGUUCAGAACAACACAACAUACAGUAGCCAGGGGUUUAAAAAAACAUAAGACCUUACUAUUAAUACUUAUAUUUAAAACAGUGCACACAUUCACUGUUUUAAUAGUUUCUGAAGGUUCUCCAUUUGGCUCCCGUCUCCUUGACGCCCCUGACCUGCAACCUUAAGCUAGUAGCCUUCUUUUGGCGCAUGCGCAGAACACCCGCUGCGAGGAGCAGUAGAGCCAAGAUGGCGGCGGUGGUGGAGAAUGUUGUGAAACUGCUGGGUGAGCAGUAUUACAAGGAUGCUAUGGAGCAGUGUCAUAACUAUAAUGCCCGUCUAUGUGCAGAGAGGAGUGUGAGGAUGCCCUUUCUCGACUCUCAGACAGGUGUUGCCCAGAGCAACUGCUACUUCUGGAUGGAAAAAAGACACCGAGGACCAGGUAUGGCUCCAGGUCAGUUGUACACAUAUCCAGCACGACGCUGGAGAAAAAAGAGAAGAGCUCACCCUCCAGAGGACCCUCAGUUGGCCUUCCCCUCUCUAAAAGCCGAGCUGGAUCUGGGGCUAAAGAAGGACGUUUUCUCCAGUGAUGGUAGCAGCUUAGAGGCUCUUCUGAAGGGAGAGCCAUUGGAAAAGAGAUUGGGAUUGGAGCUCCGCACGGGGGAAGAGGAGCCCAGUUCAACAGAAUACUCUACUGGGGGACUAAACCUCAAUGCCAGGGUCCGCAAGAGAAUUUUGGAACCAGAUGAUUUUUUAGAUGAUCUGGAUGAUGAAGAUUAUGAGGAAGAUACUCCGAAGAGGCGGGGAAAAGGCAAGGGCAAGGGUCGUGGUGUCAGCAGUGCUCGGAAGAAGUUGGAGGCAGCAGCUGCGUUGGAGGAUCGGGAUAAACCAUACUCUUGUGACAACACUCUCAAACAAAAGCACAUUUCAAAAUCUUCCGAAAGAGUCUGUGGGAAGCGCUAUAAGAACAGGCCUGGACUCGGUUAUCAUUACGCCCACUCUCACUUGGCUGAGGAGGAGGGGGAGGACAAAGAAGUGGAGGACAUUCGCGAACCGACUCCACCCCAACCGGACGAACCCAAGACUCCUAAGAAGGGCCCUGAUGGUUUGGCUCUGCCGAACAACUACUGUGAUUUCUGUUUGGGAGAUUCUAGCAUGAACCAGAAAACUGGCCAAUCAGAGGAGCUUGUGUCCUGCUCAGACUGUGGACGUUCUGGUCACCCCUCAUGUCUGCAGUUCACUCCGGUGAUGAUGGCUGCAGUGAAAACAUAUCGUUGGCAGUGCAUUGAAUGCAAGUGCUGUAAUAUGUGUGGAACCUCAGAAAAUGAUGACCAGCUGUUGUUCUGUGAUGACUGUGACCGAGGUUACCACAUGUACUGCCUCUCACCCCGUAUGUCUGAACCUCCUGAAGGAAGUUGGAGUUGUCAUCUAUGUUUGGUCCUUUUGAAAGAGAAAGCCUCCAUAUACCAGAAUCAGAAUGCACCCCCUUCGUGAUGGUCCUUCUGAAAACUCAUAUUUCCCUCCAAGAGUUGUUCGAUAGAGCACAUUGAAGGGGUUGAACAGAAGUUGUAGUGGAACGGAAAAGGGACAAGCACCUCGCCUUCCACCGUAGUGACAAAUGGAGGGAAAGGAAGAGAGAGGGAGUGAGAAUAAGUAUAAGAGGGCAUUAUUCUCUUUCCUUUUCCUCUUUUACAUCUCAGCAGGUUUGAUCUCAGUAUGACUGUUACACAGUUUCAAAUUUCAAACUACCCCGCUCUUUAUUUUCAACUAUUGCCCCAUAAAAAAUACCUCCCAAUAUGUCCCAAAUGUUAGCCAAUAAGAAAUUCUCUUCACCUUUUUAGCAGUACAUAAUUCUAGGGAAUCACUAUGAGAAUAUAUGACUCUGUUUUUGAGUUCCUGCUCAUAUUAGACCUAAAUUAUUCCACCAGUUUCUGCCGACACUGUUCAACAGGGUAGGGUUGCACCAGCUGUGCGUAAGUUCUCACGUAAGUUAGGAUGUAAAGUUCACACUAAGGGCUUAGUAACUAUUAGUUAGUUUGUAACUAAGUCAGUGCUUAAUUUGGUUGCACCACCUGUUCUUAAGGCAAAACUUAACUAGUAGGUCAUAAGCUCUCCGUAAAGUAACGCGUAGUCGCAUAAUAUGAUGUUUACCUGUAUUUAUCCAAUAAACAGCCUUCAUAUUUAUAUACAGAAGUGUUAAAAAUCCAUGAACUUCAAUUUGAUCUUGUUACAGUUGAUGUUCAAAUCUUGUUUGUUCAUGUAACUGUCAGCUGUAAUAAAUUAUAUCCCAAUUAAAAUACAAUAUGUAAUAAAAGUAGAUUUGAUAAAUAGUAUAUUUGCCCUGUGUAAAUAACAAUAUUAUAGGAAUUGUAUCUAAAAUAAAUGAGGGGUGAUAAAUAAAUAUUAAUACAACAGGCUGGAAAAAUAGACAUUUAUUCAUUUUAAUAUCCUAAAUAUAUUUUGAAUGUGUUGAAACUUGACACCGGGCGACACAUCCUGAAAACUGCACCGUUAGAUCGGUUUCAUGCUGAAGUGCUGCUUAAAAGUAAAAAAAAAAAAAAAUUUCUCUCUCUCGUAAAUGUCAACAUCAUAAUGUAUGUCGAACGCACAAAACAUGAGCUCACUGAUGUCAUAAAAUAUCAGUCUGCUUUUUUAUUCCAUUCGUUACUCCUGGUCGGAGGCUUCUGUAAAUAUUUAGUUUAUACUUAGGGUUACGUCCUACCUAAGUUUAAUGGUGCAACUCUCAAAUAUUUAGUAGUGCGUAAAUUGUGACUUAGUGCCCAUUUACGCCACAACUAGGCUAAGUUCUAAUGUACGUAUAGCUGGUGCAACCGGCCCCUGAAAACUAAUUAUAAACCACAACUUGUAGCAGCCAAAAUAAAGACUGCUUAUAGCCAUAUCCGAAUUACUCAAUGUACCGACACUGUGCUUCUCACGGAGAGGAAUAGUUGAAACCAAUUAGCAUGCCAAUGCUUGUUCAUAAUAAGUGAAAUAGGAAAAAAAAAUAAAAAAAUAAACAAAUGUGUUUUUGUAUAUUUAUAUAUUUGUAUAGCUUAUAAAAGUGUGUUGUAUAUUUAAGAUCUUAAACAAUAGAAAUGGUUAAUUAUACCAAUAUUUGCUUGGGGAUUCUUAAUGAUAGCGUGUGUAAGUCUCCAUCUGCAUAUGCCAUUGAAGCACAGAAUCUAGCAGUCAGAGUGUGAGUUCUUUAGUAACUAAUGGGUUAAUGGUGCAGAUAAGGAUAGUGAUUCUAAAUAAUCUAUUUUUGUGGUUUUUUCUUUUAAUUUUGGACACCCUUAUAGUGUUUGUUAAAGUUAGGAUGUGUCAGUUAAAGCAGCGAGGAAGAGAGGGCUCACAAACGGAUCCCAGUUUAAAAUAAACAGCCAGAAACUGUAAGAAUUAUUGGCAAUUAAUUGUGCUGACACCACAUAGUAGAACAAUGCAACCCAGACCCUCCUGAAAUCAGUUUGUGAGUGUUCAUAAUCAGAUAGUCUACCAAGAAUGUUAAAACUCUUCUGAAUGUCUGAAUUUGUUGUGGAGUGCAGAAUUAAGGAAAAAUUGGUAUAGUGUUAGGAAUUACGUGGACAAAACAACUGCAGUGCCAUACUUCUCAUGUUUACUGAUGACAUAAUUUCCGUGACUACAGCCAUAUAUUUUCACUCAUAUUUAUUCAUUUACCAAAUUAAAUUAUUUAAAUUGCGAAUUUGUAGAAAAUAGUUGGAUUUUACUGAAUCCAUUACAAAAACUGAGGCACAGAGGAAUGAAUAAACAAUCCAAUAAUAAUGGUACAUAUAGUUUUAAUUAAUAUUUAAGUAAUACUUAAACCACAUUUGAAAAGAGGUAGUAGAAUGACAUUGUGAGAGUUACAUGCUUAGUUAGCUGGUAAAUUCAAUUCAACACAGUUGAACUGAGAGUCUAUUGAGUUUUACAAGUUGAGGUAUGGACAGGUGUUUUAAUCAGAUGUGUGGGAUUUCAUUUUUUCUUUUAAUUUAUGAAAACUGAAUUUUAAAUGAUCAAAAAAGAAUGUUGUCAUCCCUUACCUUAAAGGACUGAAAGUAUAGAAUAAUCUCCAGUGAAGACAAAUUGGAGCUGUGUGAACAAUGGUGUUCAGUGCAGUGACCCAGUGCUAAGCUCAAUACAACACAUGUGCAAGUAUGGUAUGUGCUAAAUUUGGCAUAGCAUAGUUUAAAAAAAACGUCCUAAAAAAGCAAGCUAAGGUAAAUAUAUUACCUUCUCCUAAUGUUCCCCGCUUUCCCGACAUCCUCUGCUAUUAACCUUAGCGAACUAGCCAAAAUUUCAUUUUGUUUAAAGAAUAAAUCUGCAGUGCAUCCAGAUGUCUCUUUCAACCCUGUUCUUUGUAAAUGAAUAUGAAUGAAAAAGUUGAAACAAGAUUAAUUUUGUGUGCUCGGUAUAGGUGCUGUAUUGGUAUUGUGUGCUCUCUCAAAGGGGCUAAGAAACUAAAUUAACGUUUUUCACUGAAAUAUUGCCAAAAUCUGAAUUGAGUUAUAUUGAAAGUUUAAAGGCAUGAUUUCAGGUAGAUGAAAAUUUACAAGACAUCAACAUUUUUAAAUCGAUGUUGUCUCCUACGUUCACAAGAGGGCGCAACAAAUGAAUAUAAACCAGUCAUGGCUAUUAUAACAUAUCUGUCUUUUAAAAUGAUAAUCAAAAUAUUUAGCCAGUUCAUAUUCUCAAAAAAAAAAAAGAAAAAAUAAAAUAAAAAAAAAAAAAAAAGAAAAGAAA